CAAUGCAUCUAGCGUCAACACUGCGCAGUGAGGGCAACACUGAAGCGCAUGAAGCUGCUCAGCGCCAUAUUGACUCCUGGCAGCCGGCUAGCCGGGUGAGAGGCCAUCAAAGUAUUGAUAUAACUUUGAAGAAUGUAUAGAGGUCCUCAAAUCCUGACAUGGUCUUGCCCUAUAAGGCAAUUUUUGAGAUUGAGGGAAUCCCAUCUCUCUACCUUGUCCGACCACACUGGACCUGCAAGAGAUUUCAAGAGAAGGCGAUAUGAAAGGAUCUGUGGAAGCAAGGAGAGGUCAUCAUUGUCCUCAAAGAUUGAACCCCCUUCAACACAGUUGUCUUCAUGUAGCCUGUACUGUGGAAAUCAUCAGUUAAGUGAAGCUUCAUUUCAAAACCUCAAAUCCAAAGCCAUUUUAUCAAGCCCUCAACACACACCCCAGUUUUCUGCCUCUCUAAAAGCCAAGUUACGGUCUGAUUCUCUGGAAUGCACUUUUGUGGAAGAUUUGAAUCAAAACGUCAAAGCUGUGAGCACUGACCAAAACUUACUGGUCAACACAACUUGCCUUCAACCCUGGACAAGGCCUUGGGAUUCUCACCAACCUUCACACCAGAUUACCAGUAAGACUCUAUACAAACAUCCUCACAGCAAUUUUUAUUACAGGCAGCACUUUGUUAGACCUUUUAGCUCACUGACUCAAACACUGUGGAUUUUAACCCACUCUCACGGUAGACCACACCCCUCCAGCAGCAAUCCUUACCAAAACAGAGCUCUUCAUCAGGCUGCUCCUCAUGUGGCAGACGGCUGGAAACAUUGUCUAUCCCCGGAAAAUGAACAAAGGUGUCGACAGCGCCUGGGGCCCAACCUGAAUCUGUAUAGUGCGGGCAAGAUAAAUCAAGCGCAGAACAAGGUGAGAACGGCUUCAGUCCUGGUCUCUCUCUGCUCUGUUGAAGGAGAGCCAUCUUUUCUCUUCACCCUGCGCUCCAGCAUGCUGAAGGGCCGGCACAAGGGAGACGUCAGCUUUGCUGGAGGAAAAAGCGAUCCAUCAGACGGAGAUGUCAUGGCCACAGCGUUGAGGGAAGCCAGGGAGGAGCUUGGUGUUAAUGUGCCAACAGAGAGAGUCUGGGGCGUCCUGAAGCCUCUCAGGGACCGGUCAGGGAUGAUUAUUGCUCCUGUGCUGGCUAACCUCGGUCCUUUGGAGGAGCUGUCCUUUAAGCCAAAUCCUGGAGAGGUGGAGGAGAUUUUCACCAUGUCCCUGUCCCACUUAUGCAACCCCAAGAACCGUGGCUACACACACUUUCGCACCGGUGACAAGUUUGGAUACACUCUCCCAGUGUUUCGUAACGGGAAGCACCGAGUGUGGGGCCUGACAGCCGUGGCCUUGGACCAUACCCUGAAGCUCGUUGUUCGUCCUUAGCGGCCCAAUCACAGCUACUUUACAGUUUGAAGUUCACUUACGUUACCAAAGUACACGUCGCCAAUAGUGUUACUUGAAGGUCUGAUUACGAAAAAUUUGCUUUCAAGCUUUUUGUAGCAAAACUGUCAGGAAUCACUGUACUUCAAAAUAUGAUUGUUCAUUUAGUUAUUCAUGAGAAGCAUCAGGUGAAGAGGAAAUAGCAGCCAGCUGAUGUUACUGAUAAAGAGGUGCUGGAAGUGUUUCCAAGUGGGGUUGCAAAUAAAUAAAUACAUAAAAAUCAUCUUAAAUAUACAUAUACAUGAUUCAUACUGGACAUCUAUUAUCAUUUUAAGUAUAGCCAAUGGCACAUUUCUUGAAAAUCUUUAGAAAUCAGUCCCAAGUUCAAUCACAAGUCAUGUGACCUUCAAGGUUACCACAUUUAAGAUACUCAGCCAAUGAAUCACUGAGAAGACUUGAACCAAAUACCUCAAUUUAUAUCAUACCUACAUCAGUUCAAGGUUUCCAGUGUGAUUCACAACAACCAUUUCAUCUGUCACUUUGAUCAAAUGUGGACUGUUCUCUGGAAAAACACAGAGAUAGUUGAAGCACAUCAUUGCUAAUGAAAAAUGCAAUAAAUAUUGUUUUAAUUUA